GGACAUUAGUAAAACCACUUUCUCUUCGUCACUCUUCUCUUGUUCUUGUUCUUGCAAUUGAAUUGUCCUUGAGGAGGAUAAGUUGGCAACAUGACUCUCUGGAGAGAAGCUGGUCUCCAGCUCCGACGAGCCGUAUCAAGGACGGCCUCUAUCGACCGUCGGUAUAUCAGCGGACUUAACGGCGCACGAAAGCAAUUCUUACAAUCGACCAAGAUCGGCCAGACCGUGCAUCGAGAUUCACAUUUACAAAACAUUGCGCUGUCCAGACGGCAAUUCUCUGCCACAUCGGUAGCUGCUCAUGGCCAUAUCACUCCCCCCAAGCCUGGAGAAGAGAUAAAUGUCUCCUUCAUUGACAAAGACGGCGAAAAGUACGAAUUUCAAGUAUCCGAAGGCGACAACUUAUUGGACAUUGCUCAAGCAAACGACUUGGAAAUGGAGGGCGCUUGUGGAGGUUCCUGCGCUUGUUCAACCUGCCAUGUAAUUGUAGAAGACCCCGAACUAUACGACCGAAUGCCAGAACCCGACGACGACGAAAAUGAUAUGCUGGAUCUCGCUUUUGGACUUACAGAGACGUCGCGGCUGGGAUGCCAGGUGAAAAUGACGAAAGAUUUGGACGGAUUAGUGGUUCGAUUGCCCGCGAUGACAAGGAAUUUGCAGGCAAGCGAUUUCAAAUAAAAGACCUUUCACCUCUCUACUCUGACUGCUACGAUGUGGCUAUGGAAUCAGUAAGCCAGCAGCUUGUACUUGUAGAUAGAUAUAUAAUUGAUAACCUACUUCGUAUUUAA